GUCUCUCCAGCCUUCCCUGAUGCCGACUCUCCCAUACUGAUGAGCGUGAGGAGUCGCGCACCUCCUCUUGACGUCGCCUCCUUUCCCUCACCCCGGCUUGCGCAACAACACUGACUGAGCGAGCCGUGGAAGCGCAGCCCCCCGCCUCCUUUUCUCACUCCUUCCAGCAGCCUCGCACUCUCGCCGGCUCCUCUGCACUCAAAAGCGGACCUUUAGAGCCGAUCCGUCGAGAGGCUGGGAUGUGCGCGUCGCCGCCACCGCUGCUACCACCGCCCCGCCGGUCUUACGUCUGCAUCGCUACUGCCGCGUGGAUUCCGCAACUGUGAGCACAUAUGCACAUCCAGGAGGAGAUAUGCCCGACUCUACCGCGCUACUGCCCGCCUGCAGUCGUCCUCGGCACAGUCCCUUGGGCUCCCUCGCUACCUGCACGGAGGAGCCGAUGCAAGCUUGCUGAAGAAGAAUAAAGACACAAAAAAGGUCCACAUCCGACACUUCUAGAACCCCUUUUCUUUUGCCUUUUUUUUUGGUGGUGGUGCGGAAUUUAAAGCCUCACACGACGCGCAGAUUGAUUGCUUCUCCUUUGGAUCAUGCAGAGAUUAUUAUCACGGUGAAAGAGAGAGAAAAUAAAGGAUGGAUCCGGUUAUCUGCGUUGUGGGGCUACUGUCGCUCCUCGUGGAGGGCAUCCGUUGCCAAGGAGUGUACGCGCCCCCUACUGUCCGCAUCAUCCACUCAGGGCACGCCUGCAACGUGGAAGAGGAGCGUCACACGGAACGCGUCUACACCAUCCGUGAGGGCGAGACUUUGGAGCUCACCUGCCUGGUGACGGGACAUCCUCGACCGCAGAUCCGAUGGACCAAGACCGCCGGCAGCGUCUCGGACCGCUUCCAGGAUUCCAGCGUCUUUAAUGAGACUCUGCACAUUGGCAAGAUCUUGAGGACGCAGGGUGGCCGCUACUACUGCAAGGCGGAGAACGGCCUCGGCUCACCCGCCAUCAAAUCUAUCCGGGUGGACGUCUACUACCUCGAUGACCCGGUAGUGACGGUGCAUCAGAGCAUCGGGGAGGCGAAGGAGCAGUUCUACUAUGAGCGGACGGUUUUUCUACGCUGUGUGGCCAACUCCAACCCACCCGUUCGCUACAGCUGGCACCGCGGCCGGGAAGUGCUGACGCAGGGCUCGGACAAAGGCGUGGAGAUUUACGAGCCCUUUUUCACGCAGGGGGAAACAAAGAUCUUGAAGCUGAAGAACCUACGGCCACAAGACUACGCCAACUACAGCUGCGUGGCCUCCGUUAGGAAUGUGUGCGGCAUUGCCGACCGCAGUGUCAUCUUCCGCCUCACCAACAAGACAGCCUCGCCGUCCAUCAAGCUGCUGGUGGAGGACCCUAUCGUGGUGAACCCCGGCGACACGGUGUCGCUAGUGUGCAUCACCACCGGCGGGGAGCCUCCGCCGUUGCUCACCUGGCUCAGCGCCAACGAUAGCCUGCCGCAGAGGAGCUUGGUGAAGGGCGACACGCUCACCCUGCCCGCCAUCACCUCGGACGAGGCGGGCGUUUACAGUUGCCUGGCCAGCAACAAUGUGGGCAACCCGGCUAAGAAGUCCACCACCAUAGUGGUACGAGCGUUGAAAAAGGGUCGCUUCUGGAUCACUCCCGAUCCGUACCACAAUGACGACAAUAUCCAGAUUGGUCGGGAAGUCAAGAUCUCUUGUCAGGUGGAGGCGACGCCCCCGGAGGAGCUCACGUUCAGCUGGCUGAAGAACGGCCGUGCCCUCCGCAGCUCGGAGCGCAUGGUCAUCACGCAGACGGACACGGACAUCUCGCCCGGCACCACCAACCUCGACAUCAUCGACCUCAAGUUCACCGACUUUGGCACCUACACGUGCGUGGCGGCGCUGAAGGGCGGCGGCAUUCCCGAGAUCAGCAUAGAUGUCAACAUCUCCUCCACUACUGUCCCUCCUCUGUUUUUCUCUUUCUUAGUUCCCCCCAACUUGACAGUCCCCCGGGGCAAGUCCCCCCUGGUGGCCCGCGAGGGCGACACGGUGGAGCUGGAGUGCCUUGUUUCAGGGAAGCCCAAGCCCAUCAUCCUGUGGUCGCGGGCCGACAAGGAGGCGCCCAUGCCGGACGGCAGCAUGCAGAUGGAAAGCUACGACGGGGCGCUGCGCAUUGUCAACGUGACGCGGGAGAUGACCGGAUCGUACCGAUGUCAGACCAGCCAGUACAACGGCUUCAAUGUCAAACCCCGUGAGGCUGUGGUGGAGCUCAUCGUCCAAUAUCCCCCAACGGUGGAGCCGGUCCACACGGAGCUGCGGCAGGGCCUGGGCCGGCCCGUGGUCAUGACGUGCCGGGUGUUGCGGGCGCACCCAUCGCGUGUGUUGCGCUUCGAGUGGCUGCUCUCCAACCGGCUUCUGCACGCCGGCCCCUUCGACACGCAGCGGGACGACACGGAGUACACCAUCCGCAACCUGAACCGCGACGGCUGGGGCGAGUACACCUGCAAAGUCAUCAACGAGGCCGGCGCCGGGAAGUGCACCUUCCACGUCACAGGCAAGGCCUACGCUCCCGAGUUCUACUACGACACGUACAGUCCGCUUUGGCAAAACCGGCCCAGGAUCUACGACUUCAAGCUACAGUGGACGCAGAUGAAUCCCAACGCCGUGGACCGCAUCGUGGCCUACAGACUCGGUUUCAGACAGAUGGGACAGCAGCGAUGGUGGGAUCAAGAGAUUCCCGUGAACUGGACAAUCAACAAGGGAGAGCUCAUCACCCAUAACUUGACUGAGCUCAUCAAACCCGAGUCCUACGAGGUGCGCCUUACCCCCAUCACCCGUUUUGGAGAGGGCGACUCCACCGUGAGGAUCGUCACCUACAGCGCUCCCAUCAACCCUCACCUAAGAGAGUUCCACUGCAGCUUCGAGGAGGAGCCCAUCUGCAUGUUCACCCAGGACAAGAACGAUGACUUUGAUUGGACGCGGCACAGCGCCGCCACCCGCGACACCAAGUACACACCCAACACGGGGCCCAGCGGCGACCGCGCCGGCUCCAAGCAGGGUUUCUACAUGUACAUCGAAACGUCCAGGCCGAGGAAGGAAGGGGAUCAGGCGCGCCUGGUCAGUCCGUAUUUCAACAUUGCCCCCAAGAGCCCCUACGGCAUCAGCAACCCGCCGGCCUACUGCUUCGGCUUCUUCUACCACAUGUAUGGGAAACACAUAGGGACGCUAAACGCCUUAUUGAAGCAAAAAGGCCUCACCAGCUCAGAUGGCCCAGUGUGGUCGCUAAGCGGUAACCAAGGGGAGCGCUGGAAGCAGGCCAAAGUCAGUGUCCAUCCAACAGCAUCAUUUCAAGUGGUACUCGAGGGAAUCCGAGGACCAGGCAUCGAGGGCGACAUCGCCAUCGAUGAUGUCACGUUGGAGGAAGGGGAGUGUCGAGACCCCCCGCCCAACCUCAGUGCUGUUGCUCAGUCUACAUCCCUGCAUAUAUGGCUGCUGUGCGUCACCGUGGCGAUGACCCUCUUGGGAGCCCAGAGGUGACCCCUCCGGCCGUCGUCUCAGAGGUCGACCUUCUGACCCGCCGUCUGUGAGCUGUACCCUCGGCAUCCCGUCACCAAAGAUUCACGCAUCACGAAAGCGGCGACGGUCCCCCCCUCCCCAUCCAACCAGGUGGACCGCAUAGGGACAGAAAUGAAGACAUCAAACUGUGAAUUAAGAAAAAAAAUCUGAAGAAAAGUAAUAAUAGAGAUGUGAAGACAAACAAAAUGGACAGUGCAGCUCUCCUCGGUGCGGGACUCUCUUGACGAGCACAAAGAGUAAACUUUGGCGGUGCAUCGAAGGAGGGGCAGUUUGUAAAGCACAAAAACAGUUUUAUGAAGUUAUACGGGAAAAAAAAUUAUAUAUAUAUAUAUAUAUAUAUCUUUGCAAGGUGGCAGAAUAUAAAUGCUGCUGACUUUUGAAGGGGGGAAAUUGAAUCAGACCUUUCUCUGUGUAUCUUUAUCUUCAUUUUCCUCGCACCAGAUGCCAAUAGCUUGAUUUUUUUUUUUCCCCACCGGCCUCCUUUUUGUUCUUUUAGCUGCUUGGUGCUCUUCUGAAGAAAAUCAAGACCUCUGGCAACGUUUUGUUCUGUCCACUUUAAGAUUCCCCCCCAUGGCUGCCUAUGUACUUUUUACACUGUGCCCAUAUGUCCAAGUGGCCAACCGAUGGUACAAUGGCAGAACAAAAAGGAAAAUAGGCAAAUAGACAGCUAGACUACAGGGCGGCGGGUGAAGACAAAAAAAAAAAAAAAAAAAAGCAAAA